CAGUUCGCAUACAUGCUAAAGCCUGAAGUCGGUUGCUUUCGAUAUUCUGAGGCCCGUAACAAUGGCAGAGGAGGUGGUUCUGCUCGAUUUUUGGGUUAGCAUGUUUGGGAUGAGGGUCAGGGUUGCCCUUGCUGAGAAGGGGAUCAAGUAUGAGUACAGGGAGGAAGACUUGAGGAACAAGAGCGAUCUGCUUCUCCAGAUGAAUCCCGUUCACAAGAAAAUCCCAGUUCUCAUCCACAAUGGGAAACCGAUAUGCGAGUCCUUAAUCAUUGUUCAAUAUAUCGACGAGGUCUGGAACGAUAAGUCUCCAUUGUUGCCCUCUGAUCCUUACAAGAGAGCUCAAGCUAGGUUCUGGGCUGAUUUUGUUGAUAAGAAGGUGUAUGAAUCUGGGAGGAAACUAUGGACCACAAAAGGAGAAGAGCACGGGGCGGCAAAGAAGGAGUUCCUUGAAAUCUUGAAGACAUUGGAGGAAGAGCUUGGUGAGAAGCCUUACUUUGGGGGUGAAACAUUUGGGUUUGUGGAUGUUGCUUUUGUCACUUUCUACAGCUGGUUCAAUGCAUUUGAGACAUUUGGAGAAUUCAGCAUGGAGGCAGAGCACCCCAAGAUUAUUGCAUGGGCCAAGAGGUGCAUGCAAAAGGAGAGUGUCGCCAAGACUCUUCCUGACCAGCAGAAGGUCUAUGAAUUUGUCCUGGGUAUGAGGAAGAGGUUUUUAGGAGAGUAAAGGUUUGGCCCCAACAUUGAAGGUAUUUGCAGUGUUUGGGAUGGUUUUGAGCUUUGUUAGAUACUUUAGCAUCUCUGUUGAACGUUUUAUCCAAAGAGCAGUAUCUUUUAUCAUAAAUAUGAAAGACACUUGGUUGUAUCCUCCUUA